AUGACCAGUCCUGAUGGUGGCUACUCCAGCGACGACCAGAAAAUGAUGUCUGGACUGGGGCAAUACCAAUGGGAACAGCCACAAAACUCCUUGGCAGAGGGCAAGAUAAAGGGUGAAUCCGGAUCUGCCAACCCCAGCAGCAAAGCUGAGGCUCGGAUCCGCCGCCCUAUGAACGCCUUCAUGGUCUGGGCUAAAGACGAGCGCAAGAGACUGGCCCAACAGAACCCGGACCUACACAACGCGGAGCUCAGCAAGAUGCUUGGUAAGACCUGGAAGUCCCUGACUCUGUCAGAGAAGCGCCCAUUUGUGGAGGAAGCAGAGAGGCUGAGGGUGCAGCACAUGCAGGAUCACCCUGACUACAAAUACAGGCCAAGGAGAAAGAAGCAGGUUAAGAGAAUGAAGGGUGCUGACAGUGACAUGAUCCACACACCUGAGCAACAAGAACCUUCUCUUUUGGGCAAUGGUAAAAGAAUCUGCCUGGACAACUACAACCAAAGGUAUCCUGAGCACACACACAGCCAGCUUAACCAACCCUGCCAGCUAACACCAACCAACCACUAUGGAAACCAUCAGGCAAUGGGACAAUAUACCAAAAACUACACAAUGCCAAAAUCUCACAUGUCUCUGAAUGGCAAUGCCCACUUUACAUCUCCUGCUCACGAAGACUUCCAAAUUAACCCUUACAACUACAGUGCCCCCUCCUCGUGUCAGAGGAGACCUGUCAACUCCCUAAAUAGCAAUCAGAUGCCACCAACCGGACACACUGGUCAGGAAAGCCCUGGUCAGAGCUUCAUGGGAUACCAAAGGGAUGGGAUGAUUUCUCAGCAGUCAUACUAUGGCCAAGCAUUCAUAUCUAGCAGAGAUAUUCAUCUGCCGUCACAUGGACAGUCCUCUCCAUUAUCAGAACCUGAAGACAUGGGCAAAGUAGCUUCCCCUAUUCAUCAAGGUCAAAUGGUGUGCGACGUCGACAAAAACGAGUUUGACCAGUACCUGAUGUAUGACCUUAAAUCAGAAACCGAACUAAGUUAUAAUUUUGAUCACUGUUCAGGAGCAGGUGCUGGCAACCUACUGUCUUCAUUGGCUCCAGAAGGAAACACCAUUCCUUAUUAUAGCUAUUGUAGUUUAUAA